AUGUUCGUCUGGCUCGAGGAGCAGGCUCUCAACCUGAUCACGAAAUUGCGGUGGAAGAAUGUACAUGUACAACGAACAAUGGCGAAACCUCUUAAUGAAAUAUCCAGUAAAAUUGCGUUAGAUGCGGAAGGAACUACUACAAAGUUAAGUCAAACAGAAAAUGUCGAGCUCAAGAAUGAAAUUGCAAAAUUAAAACGAGCUAAAUCUCCGGAAUAUUCCACUCCAUUACCUAACAAGAGUUGUUCAAAUGGUGAAAAUGCGCAGAUUAAAGAUUCUUCAACUCGCCACGAAGCAGAUCAAUCCAUGACUAGCACAGACUUAGAUCAAGACCUAUCUUUAGUUAAUCAGGAUGCUUCAACGGGAUCUGAAAAGACAAUAAACUUGUCAUUAU